CUUUUCUUCAAUGUCCGAUAAACGAGGUCUCGUGCUUGGCGUGUAUUCCACCGACGACGGUACGGAUGAUGUAAAGUUUACGAAGUUCGCUCAACAGUACAACGAAUCAACAGCUGGGAAACUCCUGGAGCAGAUCAAAAUCUCCACUGUUAUGUUGUAAGAAAAACGAGAACGAAUAGCAAACUAACACAAAAAGUACUGUAUGAACAGAUAAAAGGAUAAAACAAGAUAAACACUGUUUGAAAAUAAACGUAAUUGAGAGGAAAGCUAUUUCGGAUACAGGAAGCAGCAGAAAGAAGAAGAAGCAAAAAUUGGCAUCGAAAUGACAACCCGUAGGCAGCUGUCGGAUGUGCAAUCCUCGUCUUCCAGCGGAGGUGGAGGUGGUACGAUGUCUGGUGGGACUGGCGGUGGGGGCGGCGGUGGCGGCGGAUGUCUGAGCGAUUCAAUGAUAUCCUCUUCCGGCAAGAAGCGAAUGACUGCCCUGAAUGGGAUUCCCUCCAGCAUCGACGACAAAAGCAACGACUUUUUGUGUCCGAUUUGUUUCGAUGUCAUCACCGAGGCGCACAUCACCAAAUGCGGUCACACGUUUUGCUACAAUUGCAUAGUCAAGUCGAUAGAAAUGACCAAAAAGUGUCCCAAAUGCAACUUCACCUUACCCUCUCAUGAAUCCAUUGUGCCGAAUUAUUUGCUCAACGAUUUGAUUACUAAAUUUAAGUUGAAAGGAAAGCGGAACGAUUCCAGCAAUACCCAGUCGGGCGAUUCUGCGGACACGUUGAAAAAUUUCCUGGCCUCUGAAUCGAAGAAAUUAUCCCUAUCGGACGUUAACGUGAUGCUGGAGAUUCUAAAUCAACGAAAAAUAUUGCUAGAAGCGGAAUCUUGUGCUGCUCAAAACCGAUUACUGCACGAGUUCCUUAAGCAUUUGCUACAACAGAAAGAGCAACAACAAUUACAAGUGGCAAACGAAAUUGCUUUGAUCAAGAAUGAUCUCACAGAUGUGGAGAACAUUUUGAAAGAGGUCCAAAGUAGUUGCCCAACGGUAGAAGAGGUGGAGAACAGUGUGAAAGAUGAGAAAGAUGAACACGUGGUAGCGAUUAAGAAAGAGAUUAUCCAGAUUAUUGAUAAGAUUGAUACAAUAACCGUCCCAUCGCACCGUAGUGAGUCCUCCGCGGAAGGUUUCAACUUGUACAAAAAUGAUCCAAGUUCAUCAUCGUUCAUGGCGCGAAAGCAACGAAUGUAUCAACACUUUGACGAUUUCGUACAAUGCUAUUUUGCAGCGCGAAGUGAAGAGUUAUAUUUCGGUAAGGACAGAUCAUUCAGCUCGGGUUCUUUGGGUACGUCUACGCCAACGCGGUCAAUCGACACAAGCAGAUCAACACGGUCACUGGAUACGUUCCGAGAAAAUCUCAUCAAAUUCUCAAAAUACAGCGCGCUACGACCAUUAGCAACGCUAAACUAUUCCUGCGAAUCGAGCUAUGUCUCAACCAUUGUAUCCAGCAUAGAGUUUGACAAAGACAGCGAGUACUUCGCCAUCGCCGGCGUUACGAAACGCAUCAAAAUUUUCGACUAUUACUCUGCUAUUCGGGACGCUGCGGUUGAUAUCAACUAUCCAAUUAACGAGAUGGUGUGUAGCAGUAAAAUAUCGUGUGUGAUAUGGAACAACUACUUCAAGGAAGUGUUGGCAUCCAGCGAUUACGAGGGGCUGGUAUCUGUUUGGGAUGUCAGCACCAAGACGAGGACCAAAGCCUAUGAAGAGCAUGACAAACGAGUUUGGUGUGUCGACUUCAAUGAAGUGGAUACCCGAUUAUUAGCAUCCGGAUCUGACGACGCUCGUGUUAAGCUAUGGUCCCUCAACGUAGACCAUUCCGUAGCUACAAUCGAAGCUAGAGCGAACGUGUGCUGUGUGAAGUUCAAUCCGAAAAGUUCGUGCCACUUGGCGUUCGGUUCGGCCGAUCACUGCGUCCACUAUUACGACCUGAGAAACAUCAAAGAACCCCUUUGUGUUUUCAAGGGACACAAAAAAGCCGUUUCCUACGUGAAAUUUCUCAAUACGACCGAAAUUGUUUCGGCCGGAACGGAUGGUCAGCUUAAACUGUGGAACAUCAACUCACCGCCGUACUGUUUGCGAUCUUUCACCGGCCACAUCAAUGAGAAAAAUUUCGCCGGUUUGGCAACGAACAAUGACUACUUGGCUUGCGGCAGUGAGGACAAUUCCCUCUGCGUCUACUACAAGGGGCUAUCUAAGCAGCUGUUUAAUCUGAAGUUUUCGUCCAGCAACAAUAACAGCACCGGUAGAUCUAUAUCGGAUACCGAACGAAACACCGAAGGCAACGAUUUUGUCUCGGCCGUUUGCUGGCGGAAGCAAAGCAAUAUCAUUAUCGCGGGCAACAGUGAAGGAAUUAUCAAGAUUCUGGAAAUUGUGUAAAAUAGUUGUAGUAGCAGCAAGUGUCAAUCUAAUUGUUCAAGUUUUUGACACGAGUUAAUUUGUUAUUUCUUCCUUUUUAUAUACGCUCACAAGGGUGUGUCGCCCACUGUUCAGCUGUUUAUGGAAGGGUUCUUUAGCAGCAUAUAUAACAGAACACUCAAAGUAUUGCAAUGUGGAAUCACUUUUGAAUGAAUAGACUCAUUUUUCUCAAACAUGCCAUUUCUACUGAACUAGACACUGGACACGAUAAAUGUCUAAUACAAACCUUCCCAAACUAGCGGGCCAAGAAACUAAAUCAAUCUCCCAUUGAAUUGUUGCAGAACUAAAAAUUCUACAGCUUUUUGACUUCAAGAGAAAUGCUUCAUUUUAAUGAUAAAAUUGUACCGAUAUGUCGACAAUUUGCUAUCUAUCUAUCUAUCAAAAUGUGUAUGACGAACUAAAUUGCUUUAUUCGACAAAGUUGUUCAAGACCCUAGCAAAGAAUGGAUAAAAGCUUCAGAAUGAAAGCAUUGGCUAGUCGUGGGUUAAAUGACACACCCUUAUACACAUCCACACCAACCUUUCACGAACAAAACAAAACACAAUGCACACAACCACUCGAGUGAAACCCAAACGUUUUAAACGAUGUUAAUAAAGUGAUAGACUUAAUAAUAAUAAACGAUAGAAUAAAAGCGCUUUAUUUUGUUAUGAAUUUUUCAAAAAGAAAUAAAACGUAGACAUUAACUAUGUUCUAGUGCGCUAAGUGUGACGGAAUUCCCUCAUUGACGAGGUUGAACUGAAACAAAACUAGUGAACUAGCUUAGAGUAAUACCGAAAAAAAUGUCUUCAAAUAGCAAAACAAACGUGAAAGAAGAGUAGAUCGAUGGUAUAUAGAUAACGAUUGGCACCGCGAGAAUACACAUGAAGGGGGUCAAUUAUGCCAAGUUAAAAUGAUACCUACAACAAAAAGAACUUUGUAAAUCCUAGAGUUAACACUGAGGCGGGCGUAGUGGAGCCUGAAAAAGGUAUGAAAUUAUUUACAAUCUUUAUUUGAAGAGGAAACAUUCCCUUUCAUAGUCAACCUUUGUAGAGGAAAGGUAACGAGAGCAGAGGACAGAAAUUGAAUUGAAAUCUAUAUACUAUCCCUAUUUUUCUAACUUACUACUUCAAUGUCGAUAUCAUAAACAUAAACCGACUGCACUGAGAGACAUACUAUUGUAAAACCGUAGUUUAUACAUUUGUGUAAAAACUGGAGAUCCUACUGCACCUCGUUAAUUUUUAUCCUUUAUUAAAGCAACUUAUCCUAAAAA